AUCAGAUUACAAGAAUCGGCCUUGUCCAGAUUGGCACACAAGUUAAUGAGACAUGGGAUUAGCGGCUCCAACGCUGACCGGACGAACCCCUCCGCCAAACAAAGUCUAAGUUACCACAAGAGCCUUAGAGGCUGAUAUAUGGCGCAAUGGGAUCCGCUCAAGUUCAACCAUCGUCCUUUCUCUUGACAUCAUUGACUCUUCAUCACCUUCAUUGUUUGUAUACGUGGGAUAUAACUUGACAGACAUGACGACCGCAACCGAGAAACCUAGCGCGGGACCUGUGGUUCAGUCCAAGAGAGUCUGGACAACUCUAAUCACAAACACGGCCUACCUAACUGGCCUCCUUACGCUCGACUAUUCGCUCAAAAAGCACGGCACGAAAUACCCCUUCAUCGCCCUCUACACCGACAGCUUCCCCGCCGAAGGCCACAAGGCCCUCGACGAGCGCGGCAUCCCCAAGCAACAUGUCAAGUACCUGCUGCCCGUGGCGUCCAAGGACUUUUCAAACGACCCCCGCUUCUACGACUGCUGGAGCAAGUUGACGCCCUUUUCGCUGGAGGAGUACGAUCGCGUCGUGCAGCUCGAUAGCGACAUGGUUGUGUUGAAGAAUAUGGACGAGCUGAUGGAUUUGGAGUUGGAUGCACCGGAGAUGGGGGGCAAGGGGGAUAGGGUGUUUGCGGCGAGUCAUGCUUGUGUUUGUAAUCCAUUGAAGAGGGCUCAUUACCCCAAGGACUGGGUCCCUGAGAACUGCGCGUUCACGACGCAACACAGUGACCCGGAGACUGCUCAACACACCGGCGCGCCUGCUGCCGCUGGUCUUCGCAUGCCCAAUGGUGGACUCCAGGUCGUGAACCCCUCAAUGGCCACCUACAACCUCAUCCUUGAACAACUAUCCAAGGAGACAUCUGGGGAUUAUGACUUUGCCGACCAGUCGCUCCUUGGAGACCUGUUCAACGGGCGUUGGGUUGCUUUACCCUACAUCUACAAUGCGUUGAAGACGCUGAGGUCCAAGGGUGUCCAUGAUGCCAUCUGGAAGGAUGAUCAGGUCAAGAAUGUGCAUUACAUUCUGAGCCCCAAGCCCUGGGAGGAAGAGGAGGGCAAGUCCAGUUCGGAAAUUCAUGAGUGGUGGUGGGCUGUUGAUGCCGAAAGGCGCAAGAAGGAAAAGAGCAAUGGAAUUGAUGAUGGGUUUUGAGGUAUAGAACAGAGCAAAGAUCCCAUGUUGAUGGCGUUUGUAGACGGGGACUAGACGGUGCGCCGUGUGCUUCGUAGAAACUUGCAAUGGUCAUGUAACCAAAGCAAGAAUGUAUUGAAAUUCUCUUAUUCUUUGCUGUAUUCGCCUUGGGCAUCUACGUGAAACUCAAGGGGUCCGCUCAAAGUUUGUUCUUGCCGUCCUCAAUCUCACAGAAUGCCUUGAACGUCACC